CGCCAGACUACGGAGUACAUCCUUCGUUCAUUUAGACAAUGGCUGCCAAUUUCUUCAGUAACAAAGCUCGGGCAGCAGCAGCUUCAGGGCCUGCUUCUAAGCAGAAGCCAACGGACGGAAAGGAAAGUCGUCAACAGCCAUGGGUUGAGAAAUAUCGCCCCAAGACUCUCGAUGAUGUCGCCGCCCAAGAUCACACAACAAAGGUUCUACAACGUACUUUACAAGCUUCCAAUCUACCUCAUAUGCUCUUUUAUGGCCCUCCCGGUACCGGUAAAACCUCCACCAUUCUUGCGCUCGCAAAGUCACUCUUCGGGCCUACCCUCUACCGCUCUCGUAUCCUCGAAUUGAACGCCUCCGAUGAACGUGGUAUCGGCAUUGUACGCGAUAAGAUCAAGAACUUCGCUCGUGCUCAACUCAGUCAUUCGACGGGCAUGGGUGCGGACUAUCUUGCCAAGUAUCCGUGCCCCCCAUUCAAAAUUAUUAUCCUUGAUGAGGCAGACAGUAUGACCCAGGAUGCGCAAUCAGCCCUUCGCCGUACCAUGGAGCAGUACAGUCGUAUCACCCGUUUCUGUCUGGUCUGCAACUACGUGACUCGUAUCAUCGAACCAUUGGCAAGUCGAUGCAGCAAGUUCAGAUUCAAGGCUUUGGACAAUACGGCGGCUGGAGACCGGCUGGUCCAGAUCGCCAAGCUUGAGAGCCUUCAAUUGGAGGAUGGCGUGAUUGACAAAUUGAUCAGCUGCAGCGAAGGUGACUUGCGACGCGCCAUAACCUAUCUGCAGAGUGCAGCCAAGCUGGUCGGAGCCGGUCGAGCCGAAAAGGUGGACGAAGAGGAAGAUACGGAGAUGACCGAUGAAAGUUCGGAAUUAAUUACCAUCAGAACCAUCGAGGAGAUCGCCGGUGUCGUCCCUGAAAGCGUGCUAGAUGACUUGACAGGGGCUUUGCAACCGAAGAAGGUCGGGUCCUCUUAUGAUGCUGUUUCAAGGGUGGUGACGGAUAUUAUCGCGGAUGGAUGGAGCGCCUCGCAGCUCCUCUUGCAGCUAUAUCGGCGCAUGAUCUACAACGAUGCUAUACCGGAUAUCCAGAAGAAUAAGAUCGUGACAGUCUUCUCGGAAAUGGACCGUCGUUUGGUGGAUGGAGCCGACGAGCACCUUACUAUACUCGACGUGGCACUCAAGAUCUCUGGCAUCUUAGGCGGUGCCUAGCUAUGAGAACCCGGCCAAAGAACUAUUUGCCCAAAACAAACUCCAAGCGACAUCGUUUUCCCUACACAGGUCGCGCCAGUAAUAUAUGAUAGGAAUUGACCUGCCGAGAUCGGUCACCUCCGACGGCAAGAUGCAGAUGAUUACAGAAGGUUGGCUGACUGAGGCCAGAGGGAUCUGGUACCUUGCAUGCAUUUACUGGCGGGGGCGCACGGAAGUAUACCGCGGAGCCGUCGCUUCGGGAAACAACUUCGACGCAGCUCACUGGACUCGAUGCUCUCAAGUGAAGUGAAGCCCAGAAUUACGAUUGUAUGAGAUAUAACGAACAAGUCAAAAGCAUGCUUUGCAUCAACUAAGUCGCCGUGGGACCUGCGUAUUUGUAAGAACGUCAUAACUAAAGUUAUCCUCCUCCACUGCCGAUUGGGAUCUCACGUGCGGCCCGCUUCGUUGCUCACCGGCGAGCCGGACGAGCGCCGG